AUGAAGACAUUCUUUGGAGAUUAUGAAGUAGAAAUGGAUAUCAGAGUCGAACCUGAAGGAGUCCUGCGAUAUUACGACUAUCGAGCUGAGUUAGAUCCAGAAGGUGAAAAUAUGGCAGAUCGUGGAGGAUGCAAUCUUGCGCCACCUUUAGAUGCCAGAGAUGGUGAAUGCUUCAAGUCGUUUUCUCGUUCGGACACGUGCGAAAAUCCUAUUGCUGGCCGCUACACAAUGGACCAGUGUUGUAGCGAACAGAUAGGAAGUUUUUCAGUGGCUUUCAGUGACGGAAUCACGUGUGUGUUGUGUCCGUCAAGAACAGAGUUGCAUCUUUGCGGUGUAGACUGCUCUUGCGCGGGAAGCAGGCAAACUAGAAAACAAGUAAACUAUUUUUACGUCAGAGCUCCGGAAGAAUAUAUUGAAGGAUCUCAGACUGCUUGGUUGGGAGUCACUGGUGAAUAUUUUGCCAUUAACGAGGACAUCGAUGGUCGAGUUGAUGCGAGAGAAGGGAUAAAUUCUCUGGUUCGGCUUCCGUCUGGAUGCGGAGAGCAGAAUAUGGUAAAAUUUGCUCCAACGUGUGCGGUAAUUUCGUUCUUGCACGCCACUAGUGCAGCUAUCGACGAAGAACAUCGAGAAACGCUGAGAAAGGGCUACGUACAUCAGAUGCAGUACCGAAGCUCUGACGGAGGAUUUGCAGGGUCGGGAGGAUCAAGCGUUGGAAAAACACUUUUGAGUUCUUACGUUCUUGCAACUCUGUGUCGUUCACGGCAGUUUAUUUACGUCGAUCCUAGUAUAAUUUCCGGCGUGUUUGCUCUUCUUGAAUCUCGUCGACUGCCUUCGGGACAGUUUAAAGCUCCGAAAAAAAGUUACAACACUAGAUUGCUUGGUCAGGACGACAUUGUGUACAGGACUGCUUACGUUGCCAUGAGCUUGUUGGAAUGCUGUCUCCCUAGCGAAAGAGGAGCUCUAAGAUCUAGUGUAUGUCCUGCCGUCACUUAUAUACAAAACGAAUUCGACGCUGGCCGAGUGAGGACAAUUUACGCUAAGUCUAUCAUAUACUUUGCUCUGAUGAAGGCUUGCAACAACAACUCGAGUUGCAGUGUGUGUAAUGAUCAGGGAGUGUGCGAUUCGAGAAUUAUUGAUAAUGUGCGACGUGAUCUGUUUAGAGAAGUUAUUAUCAAUGACGACGGUUCGCGGUAUUGGGAUGAGAAAGACUUUGGUCGCAGUGCAAAAGAAUCGUAUUACAAGCAGCCCAAUUCAUAUGCAGUGGAAAUGACAUCUUUCAUUCUUCAAGCUUGCCUCAUUGGUAAAGACUGCAGAUGCGCAGCAUCCGCUGCAAAGUGGUUGAAUAGCGUGAGGAACUCAUAUGGAGGAUUUGUAUCGACGCACGAUACAGUUAUUGGUUUGUACGCUUUGAGUGCAUUUACAGCAGGCUGCAGCAUCACUGUUCUACACCCUCCCAAUCUUUGCGUAAAAGUAAGGCAAAUGAGCAAUCCCGAAGUCGAGUUUGCGAAUUUCAGGAUAAAUCAAUCAAACGCUGCCCUUACACAACGGAUUCAGCUACCAAUUAAUAAUGUGUACCAAGUAGAAACAUGUGGAACAGGACUUGGCCAAUCAAUGGUCCACGUUGAAUACAACGUUCCUUCGACCGGAUACGAAAAAUGUGCCUUCGCUAUAACAGCAAACGGAAGAACAAAUGCAUCUUCAAUCGGUGAAGGGAAUGACGCGGAUGCAGAAAUUGCGGUUUGCGUUCGAUACUUGGGUGACAGUUGCACCGGUAUGGCUAACAUUGAAGUCGAGUUGCCAACUGGGUAUGCAGCGUGUAAUGAGUCUUCUACUGGAGAGGCUGACCCUCUUUGUCUUAGCGAUAUACUUUCAUCGACAGGUAAAGAUCUGAAGCUGGAUUUUUACGAAAUUAACAGCAAAUCGGUUGUUUUCUACUUUGAUGAGCUUUGUAGUGCCAAGAAUAUUUGUAUUACAUUCAAAGCGUACAGAAAGUUUGAAGUCAUGCGUUCUUUGCCUGUCAGUGUGAAAGCCUACGAUUACUACCGUCCAGCUAUAAAGUGCACCGAGUUCUACACUUUAGACGGCGGCAGUUCCAAACUGUCCUUAAUUUGUGACGACCAAGGAAACAGUGAUUCUCCGACCUGUGUGUGUGGAGCAGGGCGAUGUCCUGUUCUUGAAACCAUAGAAAACAGAACGUGCAAUGCAUGCGUUUACCAUGAAUACGUCUAUAGAGUUCGUGUGCUAGCAAUAGAAGAAAACAACGGAUGGUCACAAAUCAAAGUCCACGUAGUAGAUAUUUUAAAGCCUGGACGUGUGGAUCUAAAUGCCAGCAUACCAUAUAUUACGUUGUGGCUUCCUGAAGUUUGCCAGUUGACAGUCCGUUUUCAAAUUGGAGAAGAUUAUCAUGUUCAAGGAUUGGACGGACUUAAGUUUGUACUCGAUCACAACUCUCACAUAGAACGAUGGCCUGAACGGACCCUUGACGAAUGCAAAGAGAAGGAAAGGAAUGCUUGCUUUAGAAAAGCGUGCAAGAAGUCUAAGAACUCCAAACAAAGAAAAGAAUGCGAGAAGAAAAAAAGUAACAAAAACAAGUGCAGAGAGGAAGUUAAAACGAAAUGCAAAGACGUUAAGAAAUUUUACAAUUACGUCAGUAGUUUGAAAGACGGCAACAAAUGUGAAUUAGUCGACAUAUGCAAGUGAGUGCCAUGAAGCACAUGCUGGUGUGAACCGUGCAGAUCUAGAACUGUUUUAAUUGUUUAACAUUUGAUUUGUAAUGAGGUGUCAUGGCGUAAUUGAUUCGCGUGGGGAUUUGAGUCUUUCUGCUUCAUUUAGUGGAGACGUUU